AUGGUCUGCACGGUGCAGCUACCUCCUGUGAACGUGCUGCUGUCGCCGACUGCGAGUGCCGAGCUUCCAUGCGACCUGGGACCACGGUCGGAGCCCGCAGUGCGCGCCUGGUGGCACCGCGCCAACAGCCCACAAGCGCCACUGUACACGCUGGACGCGCUGCCGGGCCACCGCGGCACGGGAGGACUGGUGCAGGCGCGCCACUCGGUCGCUGACUCGCUUCGGGGUCGUGCUCACUUCUCGGCCGUGCGCAGGCCCGCGCUGCUGUCCAUAUCCGCGCUGCGCUACGAGGACCACGGCCUCUACGUCUGCAACGUCGAGUUCAAGUACGGGGCCCGCAAGAGCUACGAGGUGGAACUCGAAAUCGUCGUGCCACCUAGCCAGCCCAUAAUUUUGGACGAAAAAAUGAACGCGCUGAACGGCACCGUGGGUCCUUACAACGAAGGAACUCUACUGAUCCUCAACUGUCUCAUCAAUGGAGGCAAGCCGGAGCCGCGGGUGACGUGGCACCAGGGCUCGGUGCACCUACACCGCGUCUAUCACCAGAAGGAGCAGGGCGGCCGCAAGGUGACACUGCACGUGCGCACCCUCCGCCGCGAGCACCUGGGCGCCGUGUUCACCUGCGAGGCGGCAAACUCGAACCUCACCGCACCCGUCUCCACCUCGGUGACGCUUGCUAUGAACCUGAAGCCCGUACGCGCGGUCAUCCGGGGCAAGCAAGACUUCCUGUCAGCCGAGUUCCGCGCCGAGGUGGAGUGCGAGGCCGAGGGCUCGCUGCCACCGGCGCUGGUUUCCUGGUGGCUGGACGGGGUGCGCCUGAAUGCCUCGCUCGCCCAGACACGGCUGUCGGCAGGCGGCAACGUCACCACCUCGCUGCUUGGCUUCGUGCCCAGGGCCAGCGACAACGGCCGCCAGCUCAGGUGCGUCGCCACCAACCCCAGGAUGCCCGGACACGACCAAGUGGCCGACAGCUGGGUGCUACAGGUGCAUUACAAGCCACGGGUGAGCUUGGCCUGGGGCAACCGGUUGAACCGGUCCAGCAUCGUGCAGGGCACCGACGUCUACUUCGAGUGCGAGGUGGACGCCAACCCGCGGCUCAUCGAAGUCUCGUGGCGAUUCGAGGACCACGAGCUCGCCUCGCGCAUCUCCAACUUCAUUGUGAGCAACCAGUCGGUGGCGCUGCGCGGCGUCCAGAGUUCGAACACGGGCCACUACUCUUGCGUGGCCGCCAACUCCGAGGGUGCCUCCGAGUCCAACAGGGUCUUCCUCAGGGUCCAGCAUGCCCCCGUAUGUGCUUCGAAGCAGCGCAGUGUCCAUCGGGCGGCUAAGAACGACGAGGUGCGCAUCCAGUGCUCGGUACGCGCCGAACCGGCCAACGUGACGUUCCAGUGGUCGCUGAACGCCUCAUCGGGGCCGCGCCGCGAGCUGGCCUGGGCGUCCGCCUCUGGCGCCGACGGCCUGGCCAGCAGCCUGCUGCUCUACGCGCCCGAGAACGAAUCAGACUACGGCAUCAUCAGCUGCUGGGCACGCAACGCUAUGGGCCCUGCCCCAGAGCCCUGCCUGUCUGAGAUCUUGCCAUCUGGUCCGCCCCAUGCCCCGCAGAACUGCAGCGUGGUGCGCCAGGUGGCGGGCUCGCUGCGCGUCGAGUGCACCGCGCCGGCACCACACCAGCCGGGCGUGCUCUACCAGCUGGAAGUGCGCGAACGGGGACGUCGGCUGGUGGCGAACCUGAGCUCGGUGUCCCCGUCCUUCUGGGUGGAUGCCCUACCCGUGGGAAGCCAGUGCACGCUACUCGUUUACGCCAUCGGGGGCAACGAGCGUUCGGCGCCGCUAAAACUCAGCGCCACUGUGCUCGCCAACGCGGCCCAGGGAUACUCGGAGAGAGGAAAACGGUGGGCGAUCAGCACGAACCUGCUGCUGCUUCUGCUAGUGGCCACUGGUCUGGUGUUUGUUCUACUGCCUUUCAUCGUGGUGAUUGCACUGAGAUACCGCAGGAAGCCGGCUGAGCCCAGAGCAGCGGAGGAGAAGCCUGUUACGCAAGAGAAGCACCACUGGAUCCAGCUUUCACAGGGAGUGGAGCUUAGAAGUGAGCCUGGUAUAUUUCCCGAAGAAGCCUUUGUAACGGCGAUGACGUCCUUUAAGAGGGGAAGCUUCGCGGAAAGCUCAAGUCCCAGAGCGGACGGCCGUGCACUGUGCCCCGCGCGGGACGUCUGCUAGGGGUCGGCGUGGCCGCCAAAGGAGAGGAACCAAGAGUGGCGCUUGCUCAACAAAGUACUGCUGCGCCAACGCGGUCCAAGUCCUCGCGGCAGGGCGGCGCUGGAGUGUGCUCGCCGUCCCAGCGAGGCGCCUACGCCCGCCAAGGCUCGGCGCCGUUCCGAGUGGGCGCACUGCGUGACACACGCGGUCUCCUCUGCGUGCACGCGAAACGCUCACGUCUGUGCACACCGAGCUUGUUUCUCCAACGGCCACGAGCCACUUACUUCACACACAUGCAGACACACACACACCUUCCCACUUGUGAUUGCACCGAGUGAGCUGCUGCCCUAAAUACUCCGACAGCCAUUCAUCACUGAAAAGUUUACCGGCGUUCAAUACAGACAUUAUGUAAAUAGUGUAAAUAUCCUGGACGUGGAAUCAAAAGACACACUGCCUCGCCUUGAGGAGCGAUCGAACGCUUCAUUAGUGAAGUCAAAGAAGAUGAAAGAAGUACUAGGGUGCGGGAAAGUGAGCGGACAUUACAGCUAUGUCAGCUGGUUGGAGCGAAGCGGCCAUCGGAAAUAGUCCUCAAUCCCUCUCUCCCCAAAUCCUUCUUUUAAUUAAUCGUUAUUGUCGUCAUUGUAGCUCUCGUAUUCUGUUUAAUCGUUGCAGUAAAACGUGAGCAUGAUCCGAGCAGCUAGGGGUGUUAGCAGGCAGAUCCAGGCUGGAGCUUCGUUUGAGCCGAAUGAGCAGGGAGAAAGCGCUUUCGCCAGACAUUUGGGAAAGGAGUGCAGUGGCCAAUCGCGGACAGCUAGUGUGCCAGUGGUAAAGCGCGUUUUGGACGCAAAUGUGUGACCCACUCGCAGCUACCCUACAUGGGGACAGCGGAGCGUUCUCGGCGCAUCAUCACUGCAAUGCAUCGCCGUAAUCGGCCAAAAGCGCCCACCUAGAAAUUACCUCGAUGGACCCGCGACUAUGGCUCGUGGUCGUCUCACUCGAGCACGCACUUUCGCUGGCGAAAUGAAGUUAAUGUUUCGGCAAGUGUGGGAGUUUUUCAUUUCUUUCGUGUCUGUGCUAUUUUGCGGACAGUGUGCAGAGUGAGCCGUGGAUACUGAACGCUGGUGGGAGAAGUCGCGUAUAUAUACUAGGGAAAGCUUGCCUAUGUUGUUGAGUAUUUUUGUUAUCUCAGGUUUUCAUCGUUAUCCUAUGCGAAUGCUUAAAAAAAUCCUCUAAGGUUUGUAUAACUAUGUAGAUGUUGCUGCAACUAAUUACGUAGCAGUUUUUAAUUGCUCAGCCAGCAUCAUUUGGCCGAAAGUGCUUCCAGGGUGAUUAUCUGGUUGCCGCGCUGUCCAAACCUCUGUCCAUGUGAUUUACGAAAGCUGCUUGCCUGGGUGCAGUAAGGUUUCGUAGACUCGUUCCGUUUUUUUGGUAUAUUAGUAACUGGUUGUUUCAAUGUCGUUGCGAUGAGUGGAAAAAGGAAAUGAGACUCACACUCACUAGAGUUGCACUAGCGACCGAUUGCGUAUUGUGAGGCGUAAAGUCCGCCACCACAUGCCGCUGCAGUGGCGGGCAUUCUGUCAAUGCACUCGGACACCAUGCGACCAGCAAAUAACGCGAAUACCAUCUGCGUCUUUUAUUUCGCAGUAUUCAAUUCUGCGUUAGUCAAUCAGCGGGCACUGGAAGUGAUACGGCGCUGUCAGUUUCAGUUUAUUAUCCAUUCAACAAGCAAUGAUUAUUUACAGAUAGUUUGCAGACGGAGGCUCUAUUUGCGUGUGACUAAUCUUGCCCAUGCAACAAGCUAGCACAGUAGCGUGCCUACUGGUUCCUACGAAUUGACUUCACCUUUUUGCUUUAUUGUGAUAGUAAAUAUAUGGACACCCCAAAUAAAUUUGCGUCGUCAUCGUCCACGUCGCGAUGUCCCGUAAGGAUGGUGGCUUGAUGCAAGCUGUAUUACGGCGCACCUAAUGUUGCAAGGCACGUGAUCAAGCGCAUUAGGGGAGAAGAGCGCGCCGCUUCUCCUCUAGUCCUGCCGCGGCUGCGCAUGGCUUUCCCCAUGGCUGAGCGCUUAGUCAGGCAUAGGCAGCCCGUGCACCUUAUAAUAGAGGCAAUCUGCAGCUAGUGCAAAGAUUGUGCACCGAGAUGGCUGGUGGCUUUAUGCACUCUGUCUUGGCGCUCCCGUAGUGUUCCAGGUCGCGUAAUCUCAAGUUUAGGAGACGCAUCGAAGUGAGCGGCACCGCGAAGCUUAUCUCCCCGCUGCCACGCCUCUUCAUUACGGCAGCGUUCUGGCACUGAAUGCUCGCGGUCAUCGAGUGAGAUCUCAUCAUGUUUGCCUGCGCGUGCUUGGCAAUUUAAUUGGCAAGGGAAUCUUUGCUGCAAUUUACAUGACCAACAAAAGUACGAACCUUACUUACUGUUUAUGUCUAAUACGCUGCUAUCGCUAUCAGUGCUUUUGGGCGACACUACAACAUUUCUGCCUUAUCACUGAUUUAUGGCUCCUAUAGCAGAUUUUGGGGCCCGUGUCCGAAUUUGUAUUUUUGCCGUUGGGUGGGUACUGAAAGCGAUCUAUCCACAUUACGACAUUCAUUUUCGGCAUUCAAUAUGGGAGUAUCUGAUUUACGAUCAGAGCUGCUUUAUUAAAUGGAGAUAGUCAAGACGGAGAGGCAUUGUUUGGGAGGUUGCAGUGGGGGGUUUAGCGUUUCCAGACCUCCGUCUAUGUCCGUUUCUUCAUGAGGGACAGCGAUUCUGGUCGGAGUAGAACGGGUAUUCGAGAGUCGCGUUUGUCUAGACCAGCUGACGUACGGAUUUGGACUGUCGCCUUUAUACAGGGUUAUCUGCUAAACAUAGUGGAUUUAGUGUGUGUUUUGUUGCGAAAAUUUUCUCUCCGCUUAUAUUUUACUUCAUAAGCAAAUGUUUGCAUGAAUAUUUUCAGCGCCUAAGCGUAUUCUUAAUGCUGUUUCAGCAGAAACUUUUAACGAAAAAGAAAACGAAAGAAAGAAAGAAAGACAAGCUUGUACGAUGCCUGAUUUUGAUAAUAUGAAAGUUACGAUUAGAAGGGCAGCCAUAUACAGCUCUUCUAGGAAAGUUUAUUUUGGUGAAGCAUGGAUAAUUUUGGGUAAAGUAUUUAGCGAUCACGUUCGCGUCGACGCAGUCGAAUUCCGGAGCGUAUAUGUCUGCACUUCUGUGUGUGCAGCAGCAUCAUCGGUGGCGCUAUUUUAAUAAUGGAUACUCGUACCAAUUAAAACCUGCUUUAUAUUUCUUUUAGUAAUCUUUGAAAAUUUUAUUAGCGGAUUUAUAGAGCAUUCGCAAAACAUGCCUGGCAGAUUCUAGCGGGUGUUGAGUGCUUGCUUAGCGGAAUAUUCGCAUGAAUUGCAGCACUGCUAAAGACGGCGCCACGGAUAGAGGGUAUAUAGAAUAAAAAAAAAUAAUUAUCUAUGUGUCCUUACUUGCUUAGUCCUGCCACUUUGGUUUCCUCGCGCCAGAGAGCGCAAGGCUCCAUCUCCGCAAUGAAACUUUAGUCGAGCUGAGUGUUGCCCCGAUUCGUCUGUUUGGUCGCACCGCCACGGCAUUUACGCAACGCUUGCCCGCCUUGAAGAACUCUCACACAUGUGCGCGAACUAUAUAUAUAUAUAUAUAUGAGAUGUGAAAGGCAGAGAGGUUAACCGCGAGAUAGGUAUCCAGUUCGCUACUCUGCACUGUGCAAGAGGUAAGGGGAGACAGCAGCACGUAAUGCAGCCAAAACAUGGAAUGGGCCGCAAAUGCGCAUCGGUGAUGGUUAAUGCGCCACUUCGAAGUGUUCGCCGGUUGUACUGAUCGUGUAAAGCUUGAACCUAAUAUGGUAUCGACUGUCUCGCAUACGUGUUCUUUGUUAAUCGCUACAAAUCAGUAUUAGCCUACUUGGCUUUACCGUGUAAUUUUUCCGUGACCGCCCGCGGAACGAACGUUUAACUGCAGCGGUACUUCACACCGCCUAAUUCUGUCGCCCAUCACCCUCCCUGCCAUUCAACCACUGUCGCUCUAUUUGUGUCACCAAUCUUUCCCAGGCAACAACCAUACAACAGGGGUCUUCCCAACCAGUCGCAUCUUUUUGUUCUUGCUCUGCGGCUGAGUUGAAAUUUCUUGAGCAUGUCUCGAGGCUCGGGUUCGUGUUUGCCUAUUUGCUGUUGUGCUAACUGUUGUGAGCAGACAAUGUGUGUUGAGCGCGAGCGGAGACGGAAACUGUAAAGCACAGUAUAUGUCGUUCAGGGUCUUAACAGAACCAGCUUAUCACCGCAUUUGUUUAUUCCCUUGUUAGGGAAACCGCACGCGUGCUGCUCUGCGUUGCCGAAAUUACGUGUUUAUCACCGUUUUUCUGGAUUAUUCGUCGCUUGCCGCAAAAAAAAAAAGAAAGAAAGAAAGAAAGAAAGAAGCAGCAGCCUGGUUUACUGUUCCUCCUGCCACUUUUCCUUGGUUUUUAUUUUUUCAUACGUGAGAAACACUCAGACUCCGUCCUUGCACGAAAUCUCCUUUGUCCUACGUAAAAUGUGAACAAAGAAACGAGAAACUCGAUCGUUUAUCCAAACACUCAUGUUCUUAUCUUAUUACAGCGGCAGCGUGGAAGCAGCAAGAGUUGGUUGUUUAUUUUCUUAAUAAAUGGUUUGAUAAAAACAAAAUGCUCAUUCUCUUUAUUACUACAACUCAAGAGCCGCAAAUGAAACAUCUACACAGUCGAACCUUGAUGAAUCAAGCUCGAGCCAAAGUUGAAAAAGGGAACGAAAAGAAGAAAGAAAGAGAGAGUCUAGUAAGAAGAAAAGCAAAAAAAAUUUUAUCGUGCACCAAAAUUCUGUAUAUCCUAACUGUGAGGUUUCGGAUUAAUCCAGCUGUGCAGGGAUAAUUAGU